AUCUGACGGACAAAAAAUUUAGUCUACUUAUAUGUUGACGUACCGGAAAAGAAUAUUCUCUCGUUAAAAGACGUGGCAUCAGAUGCAUUUCCCUCCAGAACGCUCUUCAAAUUCGUCAUUAUUUGCACUGUGGUAUGUUUGAGAAAGACCAAGAACCUCUUAGAAGAAUUGCAACGAAAAGAAAGAAGCCCUUGGAACAAAAGAACAGGAAAAAAAAAAUGAAUAAAAUAAAAAAGCCACCACCACCUCUUAGAACCUCAUAGAGCCUUCUCCAACUGUCCAAAUCCAAAGCUAAUCUCCUAACAGCUUCUACUCCUUCCCCUUUAAAAUUCUCACUUCUUGUUCUAUCAACACCAAUCCAGAGCAAAACUAACUUGACUAUUUUUCUAACUUCUUAUAAACAACCUAGUUAGCCAUUAACACAAUCUUAAUUAUAAUAUUGGUUGUCAAUGGCUUUGGCUCGUUUGGCUCUGAGGAACUCCUUGCACCAAAGGGUGCUCUCUCCCCCUUCUCCCGCCGCCGCCUCAUGGCUGCUCAGUCACGGCGCCGCUGUUAGCGGUGGCACGGAGGUCGAGACGAAGAGGUUUAUGAGUACUGAAGGGACUGAUAAGGUGGCUGGCGAGACAUCUGAGGGCAAAGAGGUUGCUGCUUCUGAGGAUCAAGGCAAAAAGUCUAGAUCACUCUUCCGAAGGAAACCCCGCAAUAGGGGCCUCUGGAGGAGGAGCCAUGACCGCGAGUUUAUUCCUACUGAAAUUUUUGAAUUCUGUCCUUCUGGACUUGGAAAUGCACUGAUACAAGCGACGGAGAACGUAAACAGGCUGUUUGAGAAGCUAAACUUGUCGCCGUGGUCGCUGUCGGGACGAGUGAAAGAGGUAGAAGACCACUAUAAGCUGCGUUUCGACGUGCCGGGGCUUUCGAAAGAGGACCUGAAGAUCACCGUCCACGACGGCAUUUUGACCAUCAACGGAGAGCACAAGGAGGAGGACGGAGGAGAAGGCUCCGAUGACGAGUCAAGGAUGUACAAAUACUACUAUACGAGCCUUGUUUUGCCUGAAGAUGCCAAGGCCGAUGAAGUCAAGGCUGAGUUGAAGCAUGGUGUGCUUAACAUUACCAUUCCUAGAACCGAGAAGCCUAAAAAAGAUGUCAAGGAGGUCCAAAUACACUGAUAUAUAUAUAUAUAUAUAUAUAUAUAUGGCCAUCUCUAUUGUGUGUUUAUAUGUGGAUCCAUGCAAGUAGGAGGAAUAAUGUAGAACCUUAGGAGGAGGGUAUGUGUUUGUUUUUCGUUUUUCCUUUUUUGGUUUGCCGUUUGUGCUAAAGAGAACUCGAGUCGGGUGUCUUUUUUUUUUUGGUUUAUGAGGAUUGUGGAUUGUGAAUAAAAUUGUCUAUUAAUCAUGAAUGAGU